AUGCUCUCGUUCUGCCAGCGUCAUGGUGUGAUGUCUCAGGUGAUUGACUUUGCUGAACCCGUUGGUUUCCCUAUAAAUGCUGGGAAAACAAAUUGUCUUUGUGCUGAACUGCUGACCAUGAUGGGGCUCAGAAGACGAGGAUGCGAUCACUGGAACAAGAAAUUCAUUCGCCUGACGUUUCGGAUUUUCAUUCGAAUCCAUCAUCAGAGACAUUCGCAGAUGAAGGUGAUGGUGGCACAGGAAUUGCAGUAUUUAUAGCACGUGACUGCCGUGGGACCAUACAGCGAGCAUAUGGUCCGACGGCAGUCACGUGCUAUAAAUACUGCACUUCCUGUGCCACUAUCACCUUUACCUGCGACUGUCUCUGAUGAUGGAUUCGAGUGGGAAUUCGAAACGUCAGGCUAAUAAAUUUCAUGUUCCAGUGAUCGCAUCUUCUGAACUGCCACCUGGAACUCGCCUGUUCGCUUCUAUCAGCAUGAUGGGGCUUUUGUUGGUAGUCAUCAUCACUUGGAUCGAUGCUGCCAACAGGGUUUUUGCGAGCUUUCGGUCUGUCGUAUCAUCUUCAUCGCCAAGAAGAUCUCCGUCUACCAGUCAUCAGUCAUCCAUGAAAGACGUAUAAAGUAGUUAGGCCACUUUCUUUGUUAGUACUGUUGCCCUUGAUGCAACGCCGCUGCUUAAUUUGGGACGGAUAUGAGACUAGCUCAAAACCUUUCUCGGCAGACGAGGUUUGGACCCGUGGAUCCUUGUCACCCUGUCUUUGUCGUUGGAGAAGAAUGGACUGGACCAUCCGUAUUCCCCAGUGUCCGUUCGGGGGAGGGGGGUAGGUACUAUCCAUGACAUCUCUGUGGCCCGGCUGCUCGACAGACGCUCGUAAAAGCACCAAGUACUGGUCAAGUUCAUCAAGCAUCAGACCGUAUAUCGCCUCUUUUCUAGGCCCAAGCAAAUAUGCACCGGCAUAGGUUUGCAAGCCAUCACCGAUUUUGUCCACAUGUUCCGUCCUGUCUAUGAAGUCACUUUAGGCCAGACCAUGCGAAACAGUCACAACAGUGACUGUUGACGGCUGGUAAUAAUGGCUUUAGGAGGUCUGAACGUUUGGUCAGUGCAUUGAAGACUAACCCAUACCGUUUCCCAGCUGGGUCUCAUUCUUACACCACGCGCACACAGGGAAGGAUGAGAGCAGUGAUGCUUGUAGCACUAUCAAUCGCUAGACCGUAUGCCGAGGCAGCUUUCGCCCCCUUGCUAUGUUUGCCCUACAAGAGGAGGGCACAUGUGCGUGCCCAAAGGGUUUUGUAACUGAGAGGUCGAGGUUUCGCCGCAUGAUUUGCUGACCUCACCAGGCAUGUCAUCUUUUCCGGGUACCUUGUUGCUGCAGAGGAUGAUUGUUUAACCGGGAAUUUUUCUCCGGAAGGCCGAGUCACUCCAUAUUUCGUGAAUUGGAAAUGAACGAAGCUCUACCUUUACGACUGUGGACGCAAAUUCCAUUUGGGCCAAGCCUCUGCUGCCCGGAUUCCUAAGCAUCUGUUGAAUGCCGACGUGGUGGCUAUCGUGUGGCAUGCUGAAAAAUAACAAUGCUUAAAUUCGGCCAUAUCGUGGUUCGCAGCCAGCGGUGAUUUGAACUACUGACGUCUGAGAUAUUCCGUUACACCGUAGUUAGACUUCAAAAGUCCGAAAAGUCUGAGGAGAUAGUGUGAAUCAAACAGGUCAUGUGACCCUUAGACACCUGUGUGCACCAACACUGCACAUAUCAUGUCGCAAAUCAUUAUAAUAACAUUUGAUAUUCGUACAUAUUCCGCAAACUUUCUGGGGCCGGUCUGAGAGGAUAUUACUGGCCCUUCAGCAACAAGGUCAAUGCUUAACUGCUCCUUUUGCUGUUUUAUGUCAACUCACAGAAGCUGAACAAAGCCGCCAAUAACCACAAUCAAUCGGACAUUGAGGCUUUAUUAAACAAAGAGAAGGCAAGUGGUGAGGACAAGAAGGAUCCCUCCGGCACUGUCGGUGUGCUGUGGCUCCAGCGGGGCAUAGAAUUCCUUCUGGAGUUUUUCCACAUCUUUCUAGCCACGCCCAGCGGCGAGACGUCUGGCAUGAUGCAGUCGGCCUACGAGCGUACGCUGAAGAGACACCAUCCCUGGAUAACUCAGAAGACAUUCAAGGUAGCUGGCGCCACUUUUAUGCGUCGACUUGAAUGUUAUGUUCCCCCCUUGUUUUACCCCGUUUUUUCUCUCAACUGCGCCCUGGCAUAACGUUUUGCCUGUCGGUGGCACAAUUCUGAAGCCACAAAUCAUAUCACCUGAAAAGAGUAUUUUACUAGUUUAGAAGAUUACCGAGAAGCCCUCGUCUAAUGGUCGCUACGUUGACGACAUCUUUGCAAUUGCCACCAGACAAAACAACAUAAACGCCCUCUUGGAUGCUUUAAAUCAAGCACAUCCGUUGGAGGUGGAAAGGGCAGGCUCACUGUCCUUCCUAGACGUACUUCUAGGCAAAAGAGCCGACGGCAGCAUCCGAAGAAGGAUCUAUCGAAAGGGCACCUGGUCUGAACAGUAUACGAACUUCUACAGUUUCGUACCCCUUCAACAGAAACGUAAUCUAGUCCACUGUUUGGCGCAAAGGGCUAGAAAAAUCUGGCCGGCAGAUAGCUUUGGUGAGGAACUUAAAGGGAGCCAAGACCUGGUUCGCAAGAACGAGUAUCCUGACAGAUUUAUUGUAAGGAAUCGUGCCGAACGACCGGAAAUACUCAUUAUACCGACCGCAAAAAAGAAAACUGUUCCUCAAACUCCCCUUUCAAGGGAACGCGGUGAGUGAGCUCCUGAGAAGGCGUCUUGACCAAGUCGUCUCACGGACCUUCUCGGCAGCAAGAUUUCAAGUAUUGUUUUCAACCAACCUCGGUCUUACGCGGGGAAUGUAAGGACGGGCUACCAGCUCAAACCACCCCCAUGUGCAUUUUCUCCUUUACUUGCUCCUGUGGAGCAGGCUACAUUGGUCGUACGAGUAGGCGCCUAUCCGCAAGAAUACGAGAACACCUGCCGGCAUGGCUGAGGAAGGAUGAAGUUAAGAACAUGCACAGCUCCAUUCUCGCACACAUGGUUGAUUCUGGACAUCCUGUGGAUCCCAACGAAGCCUUCCGUGUGAUUUAAAGGGUCCCACCUAACUACCCUAAGCGACUGGGUUAGCGCCUACUAGAAACAGCAGAGGCAACUGCCAUCAGGGUACGGAGGCCGGUCCUGUGCGCUUAGAAUUAAACGUUUAUUUGAGAGGGCAUUUGGUACUCACCAAUGUUCCUGUUUUCUGCAUCAGACAUACAGUAAUGUCGACGGAAAUUCCGAAAUGCUUUUUCGUUUCGAAAAGAUUAAUUAAGUAGGGUUGUAAAACUGAUUAACACACAGCAUAAUCCCAUGAUAAUUCAGUUACCUCAAGAUGCUGACUGUCGAACGAACUUCUUUUCGACGUCAUGAGAAAACUAUACUCUGUAAAAAAUGACUACUUAAGUAGCAUGCAUUUUUCAUUGAUUUUCGAUGCCCUUUAAUAUUCGAUGGAGUUUUUGAAAACUGAACUAUACUCUUCCUUUGAAUAUAAAAUUGGAAGAAGACGUAAUUUUCUACCGAAUGAGCAAAAGAAUGAAUAUUUUAAUGCAUAUUUUCAAUGAACUUUCAAUGAAAUAUGAUUGAAUUCCUGAGGGCAUCAAAAAUCAAUGAGAAGAAUGCAUGCUUGUUAAAUAAUCAUUUUUUACAGAGUAUAGUUUUUGCAUGCAGACGGAAAGAAGUUCAUUCGAAGGCGAGCACCCUGCGGUAACUGAAUUAUGAUCGAAUUAUGCUGCGCGAUGAUCAGUUUUACAACCCUACUUAAUUAAUCUUUUUGAAAGGAAAACGCAUUUCGGAAUUUCGGUCGACAUUUAAUGAGUUAGCCCACCUACUUUAGCUGAGGAAUUUACUAAAGUACCGAGCUUCCGCGCGUAUUAUAGUCUUCCAACAUAACUAGUAGACUCUUGCUGUUGCCAGUCUGCGAUGGUUGCAUGCUUCUCCGCCCUCUUGAAGUCUUCCUGGAAGCAUCACUUCCUCUCUGACCUAAGUGACCGUAAAGGCGGUUGCAAAGAUAACGACCUAUGCAUCAUGUUGCUUCACUUCUUUCAUUGGCAUUCUUUUCAAGAAGCAUCAGGUCUUAGGAGUUCUCGGUACCGAGAUGUAGGACGGCUGGGUCGCUAUGUUUUCUCUGCACCUGAGAGAAGUAUGCCUACAGCGAUUUCUUGUUUUGUAUCCACAGGCCAUUUCUCAUCUGUUGCCCUCGCGGAACAGUUUCCUCAAGGUCCUCGGUCAUGGUCAGGCGACGGAACAGCAGGUGAGUCCUCAGUUUGAACUUUCUGCGACGACGACGUUCGGUGACUGCGAGCGAGACGGACUUGCGCAGCAUCUACUGCACCCUGUCUCCCUUACCUACCAGUUUCAGAUAAUAAGAAAAUGCCAAGAUUACCGGCAGUGGCGUGCCACACGCACGACCAAGUUUUGACGGUGCCGACUCAGAUCUCACACUAGUGAGUGCUGUAAAGGCCACAUUAAGAAUGAGCCACUGAAUCUGCCAGUCUUCCAGCUAGUCGUCCCACAUACAGUUCGUGACCUAUCUGAUCAAAGGUCACAAACUGUGAACUUAAAUCGCUGUAGCGCACGAAACGCCCACCCCGCAUCCACGGCAGUUAUACUGCGUUAAAGAUACGACCGAGAUUCAAAAUAACGCACAGUUUGAUUUAUAAAAUGUUAUUUCUUGACUAAGAAAUAAUUUAUUUUACAAACUUUGAAGAAGAAGAAGAAGAAGAAGAAGAAGAAGAAGAAGAAGAAGAAGAAGAAGAAGAAGAAGAAGAAGAAGGUGGGCUCAAGUCAAAAAACGACUCUAUGACAGGUCGACUAUUCAAGGCCUAAAAUAACUGCCAGCAGAGAAGGGGAAUGUCAUAAAACAACAAAAUGAUAAAAAAAAUAGUUACAAGUACAGCGUAUCAGUACUUAGUCGAUUGUUCUUUAGCUUUCAAAGUUGCCGCAAGUAGAGGGGCAUGGAGACUAUCAAGUUGUCUAAGGUGGUUUGGUCUAUGUAAUUGUUAAGCAAAAAUGCCAACUUUUGUUCCAUAGAACGAUGUUUUCUUGCCUGGUCCCAAUUUUUUGAUUAGUGCAAAAAGAUUUUCGAGGGGAUUUAGUCCGGGCUGUUGGCGGGAAUAAAAAUGCUUUGAAGGCUUCAGGCGGAGAGGCUGGCUGUGGUCUAAAAUGUAAGAUUAUAGUCGUAAGCUGAAUUUGAAUCGUACCUCCUUUGAGCGAUGGACGGGGGCAUUAUCCUACAACAUUACGGUGUCCAUUCGACGUCGAUACACGCCGUUGUAAACGAAGGCAUCCUUUACGAUGUUGAUGAGCACCUUGCUACUUAUCGUCUCCGCUGUUGAACGCCAGACCGGUCGCUCUCCGAAUUUGAUGACCAUCCAAACCAUCAGGCGUCGACAGUUCUUGAAUUUUGGUGUUGAUAUAGUGUGCUCUCGUGCAAAGUUCUUCCCACACAUGAUCAUCUAAGCCGACUUCGGAGGCUUGUCUUAAAACAAGAGCUCAUCACAAAAGUAAAUGCUUUUCCAGAAGGAAAGUCUGUGAUCGAUAUAUUUUUGAGCAAACAAAAAGCGUUCCCUUAUAAGUUUUCUACUUAAAAAUGACUUUCUCAUGGCGUUUUGCUGAUGGGGACCGAACUCUUUCGUUCUUUUUCUAAUUAUGCGCAAAGAAAACAUUGGCAGGUGUUCCCUGUAAAUAGCCUUAAGGGGCAUAUAGUGAUACUUUUUCAGUGUCCGACGAAUGAAAUCGUCGUCUUCCUUGCUUGUGGACCGUUUCGGCCCACCUUGCUUUGUUCUACGCAUUGUUUUGUUAUUAAUAAUUCUCUAGAGAGUGACUUGGCUACUGUUGAAAGUACUAGCUAACGACUCACGCGGCAGCCCUUCGGCUGCCAAUUUUCGUAUCCGCUCAAAGUCAACUUCUGAUAGGAACUGUUUCGACAUCUUUGCUGCACGGCGUGGCAAAUAAAAGUGGCAGCAUGUAGCGCGCAAUCUAUACAUACGUGUUUACGCCUACUAGUUCCCGGUGUAGUUAGACAAAUACUGCCCAAAAAGUAUAUUACUGCGUUUAACGAUGCAAAACGUUGCAGUCUUGAUAAAUGGAAUUUAUAAAGAGCAAAUUGCUUCUUGAUUCAUGAGAAUAAUUUGUUUUUACAUACUUGAUCUGAUUUUCAUGAACCAAAAAUUACAAUCUCAAUUUCCAGAGUGGUCUUUUUUGAUAUUUUUCUUUGUUAUAUGAAAGUUCCUUUAUAACAGAACGCUUACAAAUAAGAGCUUUUAAUAGGGGAUACUUAUUGGAACAGGAAACUAAGUGGAUAUCAGGAGACGUCAAAAUUUGCCUCAUUUUGGUCCGUUUCCCCUCAAUAGAACUGAACUAACAUGACCUCUUCUUCAGAAAAGAGCAUUUUUGGAUUGCAAUCAAUUCUAAAAACAAGAAUAACCACACAAAAUAUAUGCCGCCCCAACAACUCAAGUACCGAUCUCGAAGUUUCAUGAGUUAGGUCAUCUACUGUGCAUAGUACUGGCCGUGGGAACCAGUUUACCUCAUCGGUUGGCAACCUUCCUAGCCACGAAUUGCAGCGGGUCAUGAUAUGCAUGGAAUGGCCGGAUAGGCUCGUGUGGUGACCGAAUGUCCGAAUUCAGGGCGCGCAGGGUGAAGCGUGUGCCCCUUCGGUGAAGGCCGAGACCUACGGCCAGUAUAGAGGUAUCGUAAACGUAAAGGACCUAAUAGAAGCGAAUAUACGAGUCCCAGGAAGCAGUCUUGAAGAAGGACACACGAUCGCCGGGACAAGAGCUUUAUUAGCCUGACGUUUCGGAUUCCUGCUCAAACCCGUCAUCAGAGCCAAAGCAAACAUAUCAUCAGAAACAAACGCGUAUCUGCUUUGUCUCUGAUGAUGGGUUCAAGCAGGAAUCCGAAACGUCAGGCUAAUAAAGCUCUUGUCCCAGCGAUCGUGUCUCCUUCUUUAAGUAAAGGACCUACAUUUUUGAACUAACUCGGUCGAUAGUGUCCCUUGACUUCGCCUCGGACUUCCUCUCCACCCUAGUCCCUCCCCUCCUUCCACAGCUAACUGCAUGGAAUGAGUGUGUUUCUUGCUGGCAGCUGCAACUGUUCCGCCGAACCGGGUGCCAACCGUUGGUGCUAUUAACCACGGUGUGAGGUGUGUGCGUGCGUCUAAGCUGUGUCCAGCUGUGGCCAAUCGUUAGACAGAAUAUCGGUGGGCGCCAGUAGACCGCCAUACCCCUCUAGGGCGAGCGAAAACCAAAGGAAUUCCGUCGAACUACAAACGUGGGACGUGUUUGCUCUGAUGAGGGGGACGUCUGGACGUGAAAGCCGAACAAUCAUCCUACAUGUUCAGCCAUCCUUAGCUCACAAGACGGCCGAUCACGCAGGUUAGGGGGUCGUUACUGGUUCGAAAGGCUGCUGGCUGCCGGAAUGGUCCUGUUCUUCCAUGGAGCUGGCCAGACCGCAAUACUCCAUUGCCGAUAUGGCUUUUAUGACCCCUCUCACGUACGUCGGGCCCGAACGUGUUUGUGGCAUGCGUUGGACAGCGGCUUUAAGUCACGUCGCCCACUGCGCCCAGCCUCAUCCCCUGUCGGGUUCACUCGCACUGACCACUUACGUGAAUAAUAGGAGACUGAGGUUGAUCCAGACGGAGUCCUGGGCCUUGUUUCCCCUCCAUAAAGGAAAUCAGACCCGCUUUUAUCAUGUCGUGCCUUCGAAGUUCUCCAACUGACGGGAUAAAUCAGCCCUACUCUUGACGGGGGAUGGCUUACAAUUGCUACAAUCACAAGUGGCCGCUCACACCUACGAAAUGGGUCACGAGUUUAACUUCGCAGCCACCAAAUUAGUCGCCCACGCUGGAAACAAAACAGACCGAGAAUUGACUGAAGCCUGGGCCUCGGAUGAGAACUCAGUCAGACGAUUUAUCCAUCUGGCGCCGGCGUAGAGAACCCUGCGUAGUCACCUCCAGUCUUGCGCCGUCCGUCGAUGAUUUGCGUACAUGCCUUAUAACUGUCGCUUGUUCUGUUUCUGCUACUUCCUCUGACGAUGUACCCCUGUACGAGUCUGAAAGCUCAGGACAAUAAACAAAGUGUUCCGAUGCUCGACUCUUCUUCUUCACUUAUUGCUACUUCUUGAUGUGAUCCUUAUGGCACGUUCAUUUAUGGGAGACCUGAAACCCCCUCCUCGGAGCCAUGUCAUGUGUGGCAUGCGUACACGCAGCGGCUCCCGCGCAAAUCACCACUGCGUCCGAGGCUGAUCUCCUUGCUGUCUGCAAUUUUGUUUUCGAGCAGGUCUUUUCUUUUAUUCCAAGUACAUUUGUCGUUUGUGUUAGUGACUCUACAAUUGGAAUUUUAGACUCUCUACGAAAUGGGCCAAUUCCUCCUUGCCUACCAGCAGCCGAUGAGCCAACUGACACUACUCCUCCUCAGACUAGGAAUCGAGUCGCCGAGGAGUCCCGUAGAUCCGCUCCCCGAUGUCAAAACUUUAGUUCCCAGCUCCCCGCCGGAGGAAAGCGUCUCGACCGAUAAAUGA